AUGGAAACCGCGCAAAUUAUGCAAGAAGAACUGCAGCAGAGCGUGCUCCUCUCCGAGGAGGAUGCUGAAUUCGAAGAGGACGAUGUGGGUGAUGCCAUGGUUAUCGACAGCGAGGAGCCUGUGGUACCCGGCAGCACACUACGGGGUGCAGAAGAAGCGGAUGGUGGAAAUAGUGGCGGAGAUCAUGAAAUUGAAAGCGCCAGCGCAAAGGAAAUAACAACCGAAGACGUGGAGCGACCAGACGCAGAGGGCGAGCCAGCAGACCAGGAAGAUACCAGCCAAAACGACGAGGGCUCCGACAGCGAGGCGGAUGCCGUCCAUGAGGAUGAAGAUGAAGAAGAUGCAUUUGAUGAUGCCGAAGCGCCACAAGAUGAUGAGCAGGAUGGAAUUUCGCCAGACAGUGAUGGCGAAGCCGAAACCGAAGAAGAUGAAGCUGAAGGCGUUGGUGCUGUUAAGAUCAAGCCUGGCGAGACUGAUGACGAGAGCGAAAGUGACGACAAUGUCAGUUUAGCCUCAGGCGCCAGUGACGCAGAAUCCGCCGACGAAUACGAAGAAGAGGUCGCACAAAAUGACGAAGACGAAGAAGAUGAAUCUGAGGGCCAGGACUCGAAUCUCUGCUUGUUCUGUAAGAAAGACGAAGAGAACGACCCCAGCGAGGAAUUCGAGUCGUACCUUACUUGUAAAGGUUGUGGGGAUCACGCACACCAGCAAUGUGCUCGUGGUGCGCGAGCCUUGACCGAAAAUAAUGGUGGUGCAGGCUGGAAAUGCCCGGAAUGCAUGGGCGAUGAAGAUCAAUCCGAUUCGGAAGCCGAGUCUAUGCCGGAAGAUGCAGAGGUCAAUGGGGGCGUCGAGGACGGCGAUAUAUCACCUGCCUCAACCCGACGUUCAACUGCCUCUAAAAUCGCCCGCGACCUACUGCCACCGCAGCGUGGAGCGAACAAACCUGACUCUCAUUCUGUUUUCAAUCAGCUCGUACUCGACGAGGACCCUAUGGAUGGCUCGCGAAUCUUGCGAAAACGGAAAACUUCAUCUGCAGAAGCCGACGAGGAAAUCAUGUCACUACGCAAACGACGCAGAAACACAUCCGAGGUCUCUCUUCAGGACGAGGCGACGUUGGAUCAAAUUAAUAGAGUUAGUGAGGCUGAUGAGGCUGUCCGGCCACGAUCUGCACGUUCGCUAAGACUCAAAAUUUCCAAUCCGGCGGCUCUCUGCACUGUAAUGAAGAAGAGCCGGACGAGUCUCGUUGUAAAAAUCCGAGUAGGACCCACAGAGCUGCGCCAAAUGCUUUCCGAGAAGCCAAAACCAAAGAAACGCUCAGGUCGGGCAGUCGCGUCCCGAUCUGCGAGAUCAGCUGCAGCAGCAAGAGGUAGCACCGCAGUAUCAACAUCAACAUCUGCAGCAGCUGCUGCAGCGGAACCACCUAUGGCACCAUUUAUGGCAUCCAGUUACACCCAGCCAUUCUACUCCUUUUAUGACAAGGAGACAGAUGAGCUUAAGGGCAAACCAUACGGUGGGAUCCUUACGGAAGCCGAAGCCGACACAUCAAAAACGUUGCCCACGAAGGAUGACAGGCGACGGUUUGAUGAGGCCAAACAGAAGGCUGACGAAGAAUGGCGCAGUCGAUUGCUCGCCAUGCAGGCUGAGAUGGACGUUCCCGUGAAGAAGUCGAAAAAGACCUCAGGACCAGCCAGUCAAAUAGAGUGCAUCGAGUUCGGCGGCUGGGAGAUUGACACCUGGUACGCUGCGCCAUAUCCCGAGGAGUACAGCAGAAACCGCGUACUCUACAUCUGCGAGUUCUGCUUGAAAUACAUGAACUCGGAUUACGUCGCUUGGCGGCACAAGCUUAAAUGCCCCGCGAAACACCCGCCAGGAGAUGAGAUCUACCGCUCUGGUUCAGUUUCCUUCUUUGAAGUCGACGGCCGAAAGAACCCGGUUUACUGCCAAAACCUCUGCUUGCUUGCCAAACUCUUCCUUGGAUCCAAGACGCUCUACUACGACGUGGAACCCUUCCUGUUCUAUGUCCUCUGCGAAUAUGACGACAUGGGCUACCAUUUUGUCGGCUACUUUUCUAAGGAAAAGAGAGCAAGCAGUCAGAACAACGUCAGCUGCAUUCUCACGCUGCCCAUACAUCAAAGGAAAGGCUAUGGGAACCUGCUCAUCGAUUUCUCUUACCUCCUGACAAGGGUCGAGGAGAAGACGGGCUCGCCAGAAAAGCCCCUAUCCGACAUGGGCUUGGUCUCAUACCGAAACUAUUGGAGAUUGGUACUGUGCAAAUACCUACUAGAGCAUACACCAGGGAAUAAAACACAAAAGAAGGGUUUAAGCAUCAGGCAAAUUUCCGACAACACUGGCAUGAUGCCAGACGAUGUCAUAUCAGCACUUGAGGGACUGCGAUGCCUGGUUCGAGACCCUCAGACACAGCUAUACGCGUUCCGAGUUGACCUGCAAUUCUGCCGCGAGUAUGUAGCAGGGUGGGAGUCCAAGAAUUAUGUCAAGCUCAAAGAGAAGGCCUUGACCUGGACUCCGUAUGUUAUGGGCCGUAGCAACGCUACAAACUUUGAGCUAGGGCCGGCCCUUAAUGCGAUUGCUCCACGCGAAGAAGAUGAAGACACCAAGGAGGUCCAAGUGAUUGUACAGGGCCGGGUUGCUGCAGGAGAGCUUGCUGAUACUGAUGGUGCGAGCCAGCAACCGCUGGCCCAAGUCGAAUCUACCACCGUCCUUGAGUCUACUGAACCCAACGACAAUGCGAUGGAUAUUUCGCAGGAGCCAACGAAGGCCAAUGGCAUAGAAAAGGAGAACGGCAAGCCCCAGGCCAUAGCGCCACCCCAAGAAUUCAGUGAAGCCAACGACGCCGCAAAGGAGGAUAUGCAGAACGACUGGAUAAAGUCCUACAACAAUGUUCCCGCUAUCCGAUUUGAGGUUUUCCCUCCCGUUAACCCCAAACGACCUGCUGCCUCACGCAUGAACUCUAGCAUGACCCGACCAGCUGUUGUCCGCACACCAGCAACAGCACCACGUCCCCGUCCACGUCGCUCAGUCGGAGGCAGCUCACGCAAAUCCGCCUCACGGCCGAAAUCGAGCACUUCUGUUCGCCGCAAGACAGGCGGCACCGGCCGUGGUCCCGGACGCUGGCCCAAGGGCACCAAAAAGAGUGACUACGGAAAUGCUGAUAGUGGGCCAGGACUGCCACCAGCUUGGCUUGAACAGCAGCGAAGCGUUACCGUUUCCAAGGGUAGCGCCGAGAAUGAGACCCAGGACACGGUUGAAGUAAAGGAAGCCAAACAGGGCAGGGGCAAGAAGAGCACCGCCGCCGCCGCAGCAGCAGCAGCAGCAGUAGCGACAGCCUCGAUUUCGGCGAUAUUUGAGGUCAAAGACGAUACUGCCCCUCCAGCCGAGACUGACAGCAGCAGCAACGAAGAAAGCGGCAGUGGCAAGGCAGAGGAAGAGGCCGAGAGCGACCGUGACGUGGUUAUGGGAGAGGACAGGGAUGACGAAGAAGACGCCGAGGCAGAAGAUGAGUAG